GGCAAACCAGGCUACAAAGAAGAGAGAAAAGGAAAACGCAGGAAUCGUUCGCUAUGUGCAAAUCUUUCUCAUCGCUAUUAACCUGUGGUUCUUCAUCUAUAACAUAGUGUUUUUAAGGGGUAAAUAUUUGUCCUUUGGAACUCUCUUUCUUUAUGCUAUUCAUGUGUCGGUACAGGGAAUUUGUUACUACAUGAUCAUGGAAAAUUGCAAGACAAUGGUUUUCACUGAAGCAAUUGAAGGAUACUUCGGGGAUAUGUUCAUUAUAUCAUGCGUUAUCUCCUUCUUCAUAGCCUACUCCAGAAAGUGGAUGUGGGUUUACAUAUUUAUUCCCAUCUACUUCGGCUACUUAGGAAUUCGUUUGCUGCUCAACUGGGUGUUUACUCCUGACGAAUCUCCGGAAAAACUAGAGGAGAUGAAGAGCAACCGUCAGAAGAAGAGAGAGGCUAAGAUGGCAAAACAGAAGGCAAAUUGA